UGCUAAAGCUGCAAUGGAACCCAGGCAGGAAUCCCACAACAGACAAGAGAUGGCCCAUUUGGAAUUAAUCACUUCCAUUGCUAGGAGACUUCAUUAGGACCACCUUCAUAUACUUUAGGGAAUUUCCACUAUGAUAUAAUGAUUAGCAACCACAGAAGGGAACACACUGUGAACAGAGGACUUUGAUUUUCCAGGAUGCAUGCAAAAUGGAUGUCUCUUCUGCUGCUCCUAUUGCAGCUGUCUUGCUGCUUCAGAUCUGGAAAUUGUGGGAAGGUUUUGGUGUGGCCAAUGGAAUACAGUCACUGGCUGAAUCUAAAGAUAAUACUGGAUGAACUUACACAGAGGGGUCAUGAAGUGACAGUUCUAAGACCUUCAGCCUCCAUCUUUCUUGAUCCCCAAAAGUCACCUGACCUGAAGUUUGAGAAUUAUCCUACAUCUCUCAGUAAAGAUGAUCUGGAUAAGAUUUACAUAAGGUUUGUGAAUGUAUGGACUUAUGAGAUACCAAGAGAUACAUGUUUAUCGUACUCACCUUUGCUAGAAAAUUUGGUUGAGGAAUAUUCUGACAGUUAUCUAAGUCUUUGUAAAGACACAGUUUCAAACAAACAACUGAUGACAAAACUACAGAAAUCCAAGUUUGAUGUCCUUGUCUCAGAUGCCAUUGCUCCCUGUGGGGAGCUGAUAGCUGAACUGCUCCAGAUCCCUUUUCUGUACACUCUUCGCUUUACUCCUGGAUAUACAAUGGAAAAGAACAGUGGAGGAUUUAUAGUCCCUCCCUCUUAUGUACCUAUAAUUUUGUCAGGAUUAGGAGGCCAAAUGACAUUCAUGGAGAGAGUAAGAAAUAUGAUAUGUAUGCUUUAUUUUGACUUUUGGUUCCAGACAUUUAAUGAGAAGAAAUGGGGUCAGUUUUACAGUGAAACUUUGGGAAGGCACACUACCUUAGCUGAGACAGUAGGCAAAACACAAAUGUGGCUCAUUCGCUCCUAUUGGGAUUUGGAGUUUCCUCACCCAACCUUACCAAACGUUGACUAUGUAGGAGGACUCCACUGCAAACCUGCUAAACCCUUGCCUAAGGAAAUGGAAGACUUUGUCCAGAGUUCUGGAGAGCAUGGUGUUGUGGUGUUUUCUCUGGGGUCAAUGGUCAGCAACAUGACAGAAGCAAAGGCCAACACAAUUGCAUGGGCCCUUGCCCAGAUUCCACAAAAGGUUCUUUGGAGAUUCGAUGGCAAAACACCAGACACCUUAGGACCCAAUACCAGAGUCUACAAAUGGCUCCCCCAGAAUGACCUUCUAGGUCAUCCAAAAACCAAAGCCUUUGUAACUCAUGGUGGAGCUAAUGGCAUCUAUGAGGCAAUUCAUUUUGGAAUCCCUAUGAUUGGCAUUCCUUUGUUUGGAGAACAACAUGAUAACAUUGCCUACAUGGUGGCCAAAGGAGCAGCUGUUGCAUUAAAUUUCAGAACACUGACAAGGUCAGAUUUGCUCAGCGCACUGGAGGCAGUCAUAGAUAAUCCUUUCUAUAAAGAGAAUGCUAUGUGGUUAUCAACCAUUCACAAUGACCAGCCCAUGAAGCCUCUGGACAGAGCCAUCUUCUGGAUUGAGUUUGUCAUGCGACACAAAGGGGCCAAGCACCUGAGACCACUUGCAUACAACCUCACCUGGUACCAGUACUACUCUCUGGAUGUGAUUGGAUUCCUAAUGGCCUGUGUGGCAGCCAUAGCUUUCCUUGUUAUAAAAUCCUGCUUAUUCAUUUAUCAAAAGUUUGUAAAGAUGGGAAAGAAAAUGAAGAAUGACUAGAGCUCAUUAAGAAUGUACUACAUAAACUAAAUUUCAGCAUCAUUCUAGUUUACAAACCACUUUCUGAACAUUCACUGAUUACUUGAUCAAGGAAUAUAUUCUUUGGAUGGAAGAAAGGGAAGGGAUAAUAAUAGAUUAUGUUACAAUCUCAAAAAAAGGCAUAAUGAAAAGAAAAAGUCUGAGAUAGCUGUAAGGAACAAUCUAGUAAGCAGAGUUCCUCCAUCUGUCUCAGUCCAUUAUCCUGAUUCCUGCCUUUAACUCCUGACCUAUUUUUCCUCAGUAGUUUACAGAGAGCUAUGAUAUUAAGUAAACCCUCACCUUAAUCAAAGAAAAAUUAAAAUUUUACAAACUCAUAAAAAGGAGGACACUGGAUUGAGUCAGAUCAGGCAAAACUAUGAUGAGCAAAUAUGUGUUUGAGAAAUUAAGAGCAAAAGCAAAAGAUAAAAUCAAAGGAAGUCAUAAAAUAUAUUGCAGUAACAAAGUACAAAUCAUAUUUUAGGAAACCGUAAGAUAGUGUGUCUUAAAACCACAACCUGUGGCCAUUUAAUCAAGCUUAGUAUGUUAUAAAUAAUAAAAAUGUUUUGAUUUAACGUUGGAAAUUGCAUUUUAGCAUAGAUUUUGAAAGUAAACAAGAUAUUAGGCUGGUACGUUUAGGGCUAACUGAUGAAAUUUUGUUAAUUCAUGUUAAUAGAUACUAACCAUUAGAUUACCACCCUAGUGGUGUGAUAAGAUUUAAUAUUUGCAGCGUAACUCCUCUAUUUAUUGCUUUGUGUUUCUGAUUAGAUCUCACAAUUCUGAGAAGCCAAGUGGAAUUAAUGUCUGACUGCAUGAGUAUGAAAAGUUGGUCUUAGGAUAUGGUGAAUCUAUUGUUUCUUUUCUAUGCUCUUAUGUAUAUGCAAAUUCUCUGUCUGAAAUUUUCAACUGAGCUGAAAAUUUAACACUAGUUAGCAUUACUUCAGAUAUACUUCUCCCUGCCUCUCCCUUUCCCUUUCCUUCUCUCCCUCCCUCUUCUUCUCUCUCCCUCUACUGAUUCUCCCCUUACACCUUUUCUCCCUUCCUCCCCCCCUCUCUUGCUGCAGAUACCUAUAAAUCACAAAGUAUAAACUCAAUAGGUUCCUUUCUUUUGGUGCCGAUAGGUGCACUGUUGACUAUUCAGUACUCAUGAAGAGCCUCCCUCCACUUAAUGACUUAUAACAACAUCUUUCCAGAAAGCUAAAUUUAAGGUAGCUAAAUGGAAGGGCUGAUUGUGUUCCCAUUCCGGUAUUAGAUACACUCACUUGCUUAUUUCCAACUACUUCACCUAUGCCAGGACUGCUUUACUUUUUUAAUAUAAAGUUAUAUACAAGUAUUUUUUGUGAAUUAUGUGAGUUUAUAUCAUGUCAUCUCUAUUACUGGUGUAAAUUAAUGGACAAGGCUGCUUCUCACUUUAAGUUCAAAGACAAUCUACAUAUUUGAGUGAGCAUUUAUACAUUAUUAAAAUAAGUAAUUUAAUUUUAA